GGAGUGUUUUGAGUGAAAUGCAGAUAAUUUAAGCGAUUGUAAAUACUUGUACAUGUAACUUAUACUAAAGGCUCACUCUAAUGAGAUAAACGCUGGACAUGCCACUGCAUCGCAUCCACAGAACUACACGAGCCAUAAGCAAAAGCACGCGGGUCAACGACCACAGACUACGUGCGCACCUUCCGAGCUGGCCAUGGAGCAACAGUCGUCUGUAUCCAUGCGCUGGUUGCGCCGCUACCGCGUAUUCUACUUAAUACUACUUUUCAUCAUUGCCAUCCAGCUGUUUCUGGCCUACAAAUCAGUUGACAUUGAUUUGACUGGGACAAGGCGCACACAACGCGAUGUGCACGAUUUGGAGGCGCCGCCACCAGAACCUGUAGCGCCACCAGUUCAUGUCCAGGUAGCCGGUAAGGGCGCCCGGCUCACUUCUAAGGAAUUGGGCUUUGAGCCCGAAUGUGAUAUCAAUGCCAAGGAAGCAAUAUCGGCACUGCAGCGUGCCAAGACGAAAGACUGCCGCCAACAUAUCGCCCAUAUAGCCUGUGCCAUACAAGCUGGACGCUUCUAUGCCACACAUCUACAGAGUAGUUGUCCCGCGGGCAACCACACGGCCAAUGUUUCGCUGGGUUGCUAUCGCGACGAGAAGGAAUCGCGCCUGCUGGGCGGCUACUUUACCAGCUUCAAAACGUCCAAUUCACCCAGUGGCUGUGUCGAGCUCUGCCUGCAAUCCGGCUAUCCAUAUGCGGGCGUCCAAUACGCACGCGAAUGCUUCUGCGGCUUUGACACUCCGCCCAGCUCCGCCAAACUGCCGGACUCCAGCUGCAACAUGAAAUGCUUGGGCAAUGCCAAAGAAAUCUGUGGUGGUUUCUUUGCCAUGAAUGUCUAUGAAACGGGUAUUGCAAAGUUUACCCCGCAACUGGCCGCCAGCAGCCCAGCGCCAGGGGAGGAACAGCGUGUCCGCAUUGCAUUUCUGCUGACGCUCAACGGACGUGCAUUGCGACAGGUUCAUCGACUGCUCCGAGCUCUGUAUGCGCCCCAACACGUUUACUAUAUACACGUGGAUGCGCGCCAGGAUUAUCUCUACCGCAAAUUGUUGGAACUGGAACCCAAGUUUCCCAAUAUACGUCUAGCACGCAAACGCUUCUCUACAAUUUGGGGCGGCGCCUCACUGCUGACCAUGCUGCUGCAGUGUAUGCAGGAUUUGCUGCAGUCCAACUGGGAGUGGGACUUUGUCAUCAAUCUGAGUGAAAGUGAUUUUCCUGUCAAGACGCUGGACAAACUGGUUGACUUUCUGAGCGCCAAUCGCGACCGCAACUUUGUCAAGGGCCAUGGCCGUGAGACGCAGCGUUUUAUCCAGAAGCAGGGCCUGGACAAGACCUUCGUGGAGUGCGACACACACAUGUGGCGCAUAGGCGAUCGCAAGCUGCCUGCCGGCAUACAGGUGGACGGUGGCAGCGACUGGGUGGCACUUUCCCGUCCAUUUGUCAACUACGUAACAAAUCCAGCAAAGGAUGAUACUUUGCUGCAGGCACUGUUGCAACUGUUUCGACACACACUUCUGCCAGCCGAAUCCUUCUUUCACACGGUGCUGCGCAACACACAGCAUUGCCACAGCUAUGUAGACAACAAUCUGCAUGUGACCAACUGGAAGCGCAAACAAGGCUGCAAGUGUCAAUACAAGCAUGUGGUGGACUGGUGUGGGUGCAGCCCCAACGACUUUAAGCCCGAGGAUUGGGCGCGGCUGCUGGCCACGGAACAAAAGUCGUUAUUCUUUGCGCGCAAAUUCGAGCCGAUUAUCAAUCAGGCGGUGCUUUUGCAGCUAGAGGAGUGGCUCUACGGGCCGUACACCAGCGAAUAUGCCAAUCUGCACGGCUACUGGCAGUCGCUCUAUCAUCACGAGGAUGUGCAUGGCGCUGCCGAUGAUCUGGCACGAACAGUUGGCGACAGCCUGAUGCGUCUCUCUGCGCAACAGGCCAAACUGGAACCGCUGCGGCUGCUGGAGCUGACACACUACCUGCAUCGGGAUCAGUACAAGGGAUUUUUGGUGCGCUACAGCGUGCUGCGCGGAAAUGACUCCAGGGAGCUGCAGCUGGAGACACGCGUGCGACCCGUGCAGCACGGCAAAGUGGCGAAAAAUACACGCUUCAGCAAGCGGCUACGCAACUUUGAGGUUUCCACCGAUUUCGAUCAGAAGGAGCAGGUGGCGCGCAACUUUGCCAAGUUACUUGGACCACAUAGCGAUCUAUUGCUUAGCUACACAUAUCAGGGUGUGGCUGCCACACAGGAUGCAUCGCACUCGUACAAUUUGACGCUGCUCUGGUUGGAUCCAUUGGGUCGACUGCAGGACUUCAAUGAGCUGCAUGUGGAGGAGUCCCAAAUCGAUGUUAUCAAUCACUCCAAGACGCUGCUCAAGCAUCCGCUCACGCCGGGCAUAUGGACAGCCAAGCUAAUUGGACGCACUUCCAUCUAUGCGCAGCUCAAGUUUCUAGUCGCUCCGCUUGCAUAUGCCAAAGGUGUGCCGUUGGACACUGUGGCAGCCGCACGGGCCCAAAACGGCGGUCUAGCCCUGUCACUGCCCGAGGACUUUUCGUUGCCUGAGGAGUGGCAGCAGCAUCUGCUCAAUGAGAACGACGUCAUUGCGCUGCGCAAAGAAGCAUUGGCCAAUGCUGAAUUCAUUGGCCAACCAUUGCACAGUUGGAUAGACCUGCUGGUCGGCAAAUUCUUUCAGCUGCGUGAAACCUGCAUUGCGGAUGGAACUAAUGUGCUGCACGAGUUGCCGCUAUGUCGAGACACCGCCUGGAGCUCCCUGGCCGCGGACCCCAAGAGCGAUAUGGACGCGCUGCUCAAGCGUUGACAAUAGGCCAGAGUCAUAUA